GUUGGAAAUUAUUACCUCUUCUAGCUUUUACAUGAUUUAAAGACAAUAGUGUUUGUCAUUGGACUAAAAUGUUCCUGAUGCCAACCUCUUCAGAGUUAAAUAGUGGGCAGAACUUCUUAACUCAGUGGAUGACCAGUCCUUCUCGGGCUGGGGUCAUAUUAAAUCGUGGAUUUCCUAUUUUGCAAGCCGACAAAGAGAAUCGAGCAAAUGUGAACAUUUCUACCAACUUUCCUGUUAAAGCCACACAUUUUUCAAAUAGUUUCAGCUUUAUAAGUGAAGAAGAUUCACUUCGAGAAGAACAGAAGUUGGAGUAUAACAGCCCUUACAAACUACAACCAGAUAAAUUUGAAGCACAUAUAGUCUUUCCUUUAACUAAAGAGGGACUACCAAUAGUGGCAUGUCAGAAUGCUCCUGGACAAUGGGAAUAUGAUAACAAAAAUGACUUUAUCUCAGAUCUUGCAAGUGAAUUCAAAGAAGUGGCUUGUAAAGACCCACUUUUCAAAAGGCUUGAACAGCUGAAAGAAGUACAACAGAAGAAGCAGGAACAACUGAAGAGGCAACAGUUAGAGCAGCUGCAGAGACUCAUGGAAGAACAAGAGAGGGUGCUUUCCGUGGCGUCUGGGCAACAUGCACUCCCAGGUUUAACUCUACUUCCUGAUGAUCAGAGCCAGAAGUACAGAUCUCUAGGAAAUUCAACCACUGUAGAGAAAACCACACCCUUAUCUUCAUGUAUCUACCACAAUCAAACCCAAGAAAAAACACACAUGUCCAACAUUUUAGCUAAUGAACAAAACAGCUUCUAUAGAACUACUCAUCAAGAUUUGGUCUUAACUUCAAAAAGUGGUGCUUCUCCCAAUUGGUUUUAGGAGGCACGGCGGUAUCAAGAAGUGCUUGUGAAAAAAAAUGAUUUGAAGGAAAAAAACCAAAACCAGCCUAUUGGAGAAGGUAUUUUACCAUGUUGGGAGAAAAUGACGGAACAGAUUCAGGAAGGGAACGAUACAAAUGUAAAAAAAAUUGGUGAUUCCUCAGAAGUGGUUAAUAUUGAAGAAAGGCCUAUUAAAGCUGCUAUUAGAGAAAAGAAACAGACAUUUGAAGACUACUUAGAAGAACAAAUUCGGUUGGAAGAACAAGAACUGAAACAAAAACAGCUAAGGGAAACAGAAGGAUCAUUGCUAAUCAAAGCAAAACCAAAACAACCGUUCUUAAAACGAGGAGAAGGUUUAGCUAGAUUUACUAAUGCUAAAUCUAAGUUUCAGAAAGGGAGAGAAAGUAAACUAGUGACUAAUCAGAGCAUUUCAGAGGACCAACCUGUGUUUAAAAUAGAUAGACAACAAUUCCAGCGGAAAACUGCUCUUAUAAAUAAAGAACUGUGUGUACAGAACCUUUCUGUUAAAAAGAACAAUAAAUCUAGAACCAAAAGUGGUUCUUUCACACUCAGUCAAAAGCCAAAAGUGCUUAAGAGUAAUAGGAAAAGUCUGUCUCCAUCAGGAGGGAAAAUACCAGCAGGGAAGAAAUGUGAUGGGCAAUUUAGGGACCAGAUCAAAUUAGGAAAAAAAGUAGAAUCUAAUAAUAAAGAAAAUGUACCUGAGUCUACAAAAUCUUGUGAUAUUGGUUGCAAAGUCUGGAAUAAAACAGAAGGUAAAGACAGACUCCCCUUUUCGACAGGGCUGGUCAGCUGCAUGGCUUCUAAGAGCCUGAUAAGUGAGACCUUGAGAGAGUCAGAAACUUCUCUUGACAUUUCUCUUCAGAAAAAGUUAGAGAACUGGGAACGAGAAAAGGAAAAGGAAAACUUGGAAUUAGAUGAAUUUUUGUUUUUAGAACAAGCUGCUGAUGAAAUAUCGUUUUCCAGUAAUUCCUCGUUUGUACUGAAGAUCUUAGAGAGGGACCAACAGAUCUGUAAAGGUCGCCGGCUGUCUUCUACCCCUGUCAAAGCUGUGCAACAGGAGAAAAUGACAUUGGAUCCCAUUAGUCAGUGUAACCAAAAUGAGGAUCCAGACUGUCCUGAACGUGAAAAUAAGGGUGAGUGUGAAGUCGCACCCAAACAGCUUGAUUCAGUACCCUCACCUGAUGGAUUGAGGGAACAGUCGUGUCAAGUCAGUAUGAAAGCCUUCCAAGUGAGCACUUCUGAAAGUCAAACUAGAUGGAAUGCAAGUGAUGAUGAAGGUCUUAUGAGCAGUGACAGUAGCACUAACUCUGAGGAACAACUUGAUGUUACCAUAAAACUAUCAAUGGAGGAUAAAGAAAGGGGUUUCAGCAGCAGAGAGGAUAGUCCACAAGUCUGUGAUGGUAAGGGACCUUUUAGGGACACUGGGACUCAAGGAGAUGAUAAAAGGAGAGAUGUUGAUUUAGAUUUGUCUGAUAAAGAUUAUAGUAGUGAUGAGUCUAUCAUAACAGAAAGCUUGAAAAAUAAAGUUUCUGAGUCCUCAAGAAGACCCUCAUCUAUAAGGAUGAGUAAAAUUGACUUUGAUGAUGAAAGAACUUGGACCGACCUUGAAGAGAAUUCAUUUAAACAUGAUGUUAUUCUUGGGAAUGAAGCCAUUUAUGGGACUCCCCAGAUAACCUACCCUAACAAGAGUGAAAUGUGUGUAUUAGACAAAACAAUAAAAAGGAAGGUUGCCCCAGUCAAGAAGGGAGAAGACUUGAACAAUUCCAGUAGGGGCCCAAGUCCUCCUCCUACUUCGGAUCUGAUGAUGAAGUUCUUCCCUUCUUUGAAACCAAAACCAAAAUCAGAUUCACACUUGGAAAAUGAACCCAAGUUAAACAUAAGUCAAGACCAACCACCAGGUGACAGUGCUCGAUCUCAAGUUUUGAGAGAGAAAGUUAUUGAAUUGGAAAUGGAAAUAGAAAAAUUUAAAGCUGAGAACAUGUCUUUAGCUAGACUUCGCAUUAAACGAGAAAGUGCCUUGGAAAAACUCAGGAAAGAAAUUGCAGACUUUGAACAACAGAAAGCAAAAGAAUUAGCUCGAAUAGAAGAGUUUAAAAAGGAGGAAAUGAGGAAAUUACAAAAAGAACGCAAAGUUUUUGAAAAGUAUACCACAGUUGCAAGAAUUUUUCCAGAUAAAAAGGAACGUGAAGAAAUACAGGCUUUGAAACAGCAGAUAGCAGAUUUACAGGAAGAUUUGAAAAGAAAGGAAGCAAAAUGGUCAAGUACACAUGGCCGUCUUAGAAGCCAGAUAGAAGUAUUGGUCAAAGAGAACACAGACCUCCGGGAAGAAAUAAAAGUGAUGGAAAGAUUCCGACUAGAUGCCUGGAAGAAAGCAGAAGCUACUGAGAGCAGCACCAGGACAGCCCAGUGUGUGACUGCUGCGAAUAAAGAUGGAUCCAUGAAUUCAUCAGUCCGAUUUCAAAAGAGUCAAAUUUCUGCAGGAAUCCAGGUAGAAAAAUACAAGAGAAGUUAUUUACCAACACAAGGUAAUCCAUCUCGAAGAUCCAAGUCUAUGCCUCCUCGUGAUUUAGGCAGUUCGGAUAAGGGACAAACUGCCUCACCCAGGGAGCCCCCUGAACCAGUGGACCUCCCAGAUCCUGCAUAUAAAGAAGAGGACGAAAAAGAGGAAAAAGAAGAAAUUCAGGGAGAAAUCAGUCAUCCUGAUGGAAAGAUAGAAAAGGUUUAUAAGAAUGGGUGCCAUGUUAUAUUGUUUCCAAAUGGAACUCGAAAAGAAGUAAGUGCAGAUGGGAAGACUGUCACCGUCGCUUUCUUUAAUGGUGACGUGAAGCAGGUCAUGCCAGACGAGAGAGUGAUCUACUACUACGCGGCUGCCCGGACCACGCACACUACUUAUCCAGAAGGACUAGAAGUCUUACAUUUCUCAAGUGGACAGAUAGAAAAACAUUUCCCAGAUGGAAGAAAAGAAAUCACGUUUCCUGACCAGACUAUCAAAAACUUAUUUGCUGAUGGACAAGAAGAAAGCAUUUUCCCAGAUGGUACAAUUGUCAGAGUACAACGAGAUGGCAACAAAAUCAUAGAGUUUAAUAACGGCCAAAGAGAACUACAUACUGCCCAGUUUAAGAGACGGGAAUAUCCAGAUGGCACUGUUAAAACUGUAUAUACAAAUGGUCAUCAAGAAACAAAAUAUACAUCUGGUCGAAUCAGAGUUAAAGACAAGGACGGAAAUGUUCUAAUGGAUACAAAAUUGUGAUGAUCCUUGUGUGUGACUAAUCAUGCAAUAACACUAAC